AUGGCAGGGAAGCAAUCUCACGUAGUGAUCUUUCCCUUCCCACUCCAAGGCCACAUCAAGCCAUUGCUGUGCUUAGCAGAGCUUCUCUGCCAUGCAGGCCUUCACGUCACCUUCGUCAACACCCACCACAACCACAAGCGCUUGGCCAACCCCGAAGCGCUCUCCACCCAUUUCCCAACCCUCCACUUCGAGUCCAUCUCCGACGGCCUCCCCGACGACCACCCCCGCGCCUUGAAUGGCGAGUUGUUGAUGGCGUUGAAGACGUCCAUUAGGCCUCAUUUCCGGGAGCUCCUCGAAACCAUUUCGCUCAAGGCCGAGUCAAAUGAUGCUUCGGUGCCGCCUCUCAACUGUAUUAUAACAGAUGGGCUCGUCACUUUUGCAUUUGACUUGGCGGAGGAGUUGGAGAUUCCCAUUCUUAGUUAUAACGUUCCUUGUGCUCGUUACUUGUGGACUUGUCUUUGUCUCCCGGACCUCAUUGAGCAAGGACAACUUCCUUUUCCAGAUGAUGACAUGAGUGUGGAAAUUACCGGAGUGUCUGGAAUGGAUGGCCCUUUGCAUCGUCAAGACUUGCCAAGUUUUUGCAGAGUCAAACAAGCUGACCACCCAGCUCUUCAAUUUGCCAUCACCUGGACCCAAGCCCAAAGACGAUCCUCAGCUCUCAUCCUCGACACAGUUUAUGAACUCGACGCUUCAUGUCUCUCCCACAUGGCCCUCAUGUUUCCCAAAAUUUACACCCUCGGACCACUCCACGCCCUCCUCAAUGCUCAAAUAGGUAAUGUGUCCAAGAGUAUGGCAUCCCACGGCGGUCUUUGGAAAAGCGACCCAAAUUGCAUGACGUGGCUCAAUUCCCAGCCGUCCAGAUCUGUUAUCUACGUCAGUUUCGGGACUUUGGUCAACUUGACACGUGCCCAAAUAAUAGAGUUUUGGUACGGCCUGGUCAAUAGUGGACACCUCUUCAUGUGGGUCAUAAGAUCUGACAUCAUAUAUAGGGCCCAUCAAAUACCAGCCGAGCUUGAAAUUGGUACAAAAGAAAGAGGUUACAUAGUGGAUUGGGUUUCGCAAGAGGAGGUCUUAGCCCACAAAGCAGUGGGUGGGUUUUUGACUCACAGUGGCUGGAACUCGACGCUUGAGAGCAUUGUGGCUGGGCUUCCUAUGAUCUGUUGGCCCAAUUUGGGGGACCAUUAUAUCAUUAGCAGAACUGUUAGUCAGAAGUGGAAAAUUGGUCUCCAAUUGAAGGAAAAUUGUGACAGAUGCAACAUUGAAACCAUGAUCCAAACUUUGAUGGGACCCAAAAGGGAGGAGAUCCAGAGCUCCAUGGACACCAUUUCCAAAUUGGCUCGUGACAGUGUCGUCAAAGGUGGAUCUUCCCACAACAACUUGGAGCAGCUCAUCGAACACAUUCGAAGUUUGCAACACCACAACUAG